AUGACCAGCCUGCUGCUGCUGCUGCCAGAAUCUGCGUUGAAGAGCCUUCUCAGACGACUGCCCCUCUGGCGCCAUCCCGCCCCCUCAUUAAUCCUUCACAUUGGCAUAGCAGCAAAAACCCCUCUUUCGGGCCUGCAUACAUUAGCCCAAGCAGAGACGAGGGCCAGACUACUGCACCUCGACGUCUUUGCGGAAUCGUCCCUCGAUGCUGACUGGAAACUCUGCAUGCAACUGCCCUUGCUCCCCACCCAACAGGACGCACAGCCAACCCUUUUCGAUGCGCCUCGAGUCAACCGGACGUGGAAAGACGGGACAACUCGCCAAAGGUGCCUAGACGGCUCCCUUCUUGCGAGCAGACUUCUCAACGGCAGUUUCAGGAUGCUUGCGCAAAAGCAGGUACAGGGAUGUGUUCAUCUCACUUUUUUUUUUUCUUUCAAGUAA